AUGAACCGUAACGAUCGCUUCGACCGAUGUUUACCAAUUUCGCUUUUAUUAUUCUCUUUUUCACCCGAAGGCCAUCUUUUUACCUUCCUACCUACCUAUCUACACUACAACCGUCACUUUGGAAUUUUUUCUUUUUUUCUCUUUGACUCCGUCUUUUUCUUAUCUUUCUCAUGGGAUAAAUUCAUUGGUUCUUUGUCUCUCUCUGUUUUUUCCUUCAUUUUCUCUUUUUUUCUUACUGUAGUACUUUUCUUUCUUUUCUUUAUAUCAGGGAUUUUUUUACGCUUUUUAUCGUUAUUUUUCUUAUCUUCUUUUUUUAUUGUUUUUCGACGUUUUUUUUGUUUUUGUUUUUUUUCCUUUCGUUAUUUCUUUCGAUCACUUUGUCUUUUUUUAUUUCUUUCGUUUGUUUCAUUGUUUCUUCUCGCAUCAUUUAUUUCGGUCUUUUUUUCUUUCUUUUCUAUUUUUUUUUCUUUUCCUUUCUUUGUCACGUCUUUUCUUUUCUCUUUACAUUUCCAUUCUUUAUUAUCGCCCUUUUUCUCUUUAUCUCUUUCGCGCGCGCUUUUUAGUUGUUUUUUUUUCCUUUUCUUUUAUACUUCCUUUCCUUCUCCGUCUUUGUCACCUGCUCUCUCUCUCUCUCUCUCUCACUCUCUCACUCUCACUCUGAUUUUCUCUCUCAUUUUUUUCAUAAUUUUGAAAAUUUCUUUUUUUUCCCUUUUUCUUUUAUAUUUUUUUCUUUCCUCGUCUUUGUCACUUUUUUUUCUAUUUUCUUUAUUUUCCUUCUUCUUCCUUUUUCUUUCUUACUUUAAGAUGUUUUUAUAUUUACUUCAUCGGCCAUUUGUCCGGUUUUUGUUUUUUGUUUUUUUUAUUUUUAUCCUUUUUCGCUUCCUUGCUCCUUUCAUUUUAAAUUCUUUUCUUUUUAACUUGACGCAAUUCCUUCAUUUCUCUUCCCCCCCACUUCUUCUCAUCCUCUUCUUUUCAUCUUGUUUUCUUUCUUUUUUCUUUCACUCUUCCUUUCUUCCUUUCUUUCUUUUCUUUUUUUCUUUCACUCUUCCUUUCUUCCUUUCUUUCUUUUCUUUUUUUCUUUCACUCUUCCUUUCUUCCUUUCUUUCUUCUUACCAUAUUACGUUGGGUCUACAGUAA